CGUGGGACGCGCGUGUUGGCCGAAAGAAACGCCGAAGAAGCUGAACACGAGCCAAGAAGUGGUCGUUUCAUGGUCCUGAGGAGAUAUCUCGUGCCAUCUGUCGUUGCGAAAGAAAUCUGAGUAAUGCGUUUAUCAGCGAACCAACGAAGAUUCGUCCGUCGGGUACAAAGUAGGCCGAGAAGCCGAUUCGAGGCCCCGUCGAGCCCUUGUGACCUUUCGUAGUUUGUGGUGACCUUCAGUCAAGCUUGGCCGUGGAACUCGCAGAUUCUGUCGUCCGCCCACUUGCUCGUCGUCUGUACGGUUUUCCUAUUAUUUCGAGCAAAAAUUAAAGGGGAGCUAAUAAAAUGUCAAAGGAACGUGCUUCAAGGAGAUUUUAUCGUGUAGACAGUAGUAAUGACUUGCUUGAAUUUAUGGAUCGUGGAUAUACUGCACAACAUGAGAACAGAUGGAAUUUUGAAGUUGCAUGGGAGGCAGCCAACAAAGUUGGUGGAAUAUAUACAGUGAUACGUUCCAAAGCAUUUGUCUCAACAGAGGAAAUGGGGGAUCAAUAUUGUCUUAUUGGUCCCUACAAAGAAGCUUGUGCUCGUACAGAAGUUGAUGAAGCAGAUUUUCCACGUAAUAGUCCACUGCAUUUAGCUGUUCAGGUUCUCCGCGACCAAGGAUUCAAAGUGGUAACAGGAACUUGGCUGGUGGAUGGAAACCCUCAAAUAAUCCUGUUUGAUAUUGGAAGUGCAGCAUGGAAGUUGGAUGAGUACAAACAAGAAUUGUGGAACACCUGUAACCUUGGUAUUCCUCAUCUUGAUAUAGAAGCGAAUGACGCCGUUAUCCUCGGCUAUCUCGUUUGUCAGUUUAUUUCUGAAUUCAGAAAAGCGGCCGAAGGAUAUUCCGACGUUCCACCUCGCGUGGUUGUUCACUGCCAUGAAUGGCAAGCGGGUGUGGGUUUGAUUGCUUUAAGAACCAGACACGUGGAUGUAGCCACGGUUUUCACAACACAUGCUACACUGCUUGGUAGAUACCUCUGUGCAGGAAAGAUUGACUUUUACAACAAUUUGGAUCAGUUCAAUGUCGACGAGGAAGCAGGGAAACGCCAGAUUUACCAUAGAUAUUGCAUGGAACGAGCUGCCACUCACUUAGCCCACGUAUUCACAACGGUCUCAGACAUAACUGGAUUCGAGGCUGAACACUUGUUGAAACGGAAGCCUGAUAUAAUUACUCCAAACGGACUGAACGUGAAAAAAUUCGCCGCCUUACACGAAUUCCAAAACUUACAUGCCGUUAGCAAAGAAAAGAUACACGAGUUCGUUAGAGGCCACUUCUACGGUCACUAUGAUUUCGAUCUGGAUAAGACCCUGUACUUCUUCAUUGCCGGACGUUACGAGUUUGGAAACAAAGGCGCGGACAUAUUUAUUGAAGCUUUAGCCAGAUUAAAUCAUUAUCUAAAGACAUCUAGACCCGAUACAACAGUGGUCGCCUUCCUCAUCUUUCCAACAAGAACCAAUAACUUCAAUGUGGAAUCCUUACGUGGUCACGCGGUCACUAAAGCGUUACGAGAUACGAUCAACGACAUACAACAAAAGAAUGGAAAACGCAUGUAUGAAUUAUGUUUGUCCGGGCGCAUGCCUGACGCUCAAGACCUUUUGCAAAAAGAAGACAUCAUCAAAAUCAAACGGUGUUUGUUCGCUUUGCAGAGAAAUGGUCUGCCACCUGUCACCACACACAACGUUAUAGACGACUGGAAUGACCCGGUAUUAAACGGGAUCAGAAGAUGCAAUCUGUUUAACACUGUUCACGAUCGAGUCAAGAUAGUAUUCCAUCCAGAGUUCCUCUCGCCCACGAAUCCAUUAUUCGGCCUCGAUUACGAAGAGUUUGUCAGAGGAUGUCACUUAGGAGUAUUUCCGUCCUACUACGAACCCUGGGGCUACACACCCGCGGAAUGUACCGUUAUGGGCAUUCCUAGCAUUACCACGAAUUUAUCCGGAUUUGGUUGCUUCAUGCAGGACCAUAUAGCGGAUCCGAUGAGUUACGGUAUUUACAUUGUCGAUAGACGGUUCAUCGGUUUGGAGAACAGCGUUCAACAACUAGCCCAUUACAUGUUCGACUUCGCGCGACUCAGCCGGCGACAGCGUAUCAUUCAAAGAAACCGAACCGAGCGUCUCAGCGAUCUUCUGGACUGGAGAAAUCUUGGCAUCUAUUACCGCCAAGCCAGAAUAAAGGCUUUGAUGACCGUCUAUCCAGAAUUAGCUUCGGAAUACGCAGAAGGCGGAGUAGGUCGAUUCAGUUAUCCAAGACCGAUCAGCGAACCACCGUCGCCCUCGUCUUCGAGACACACUACUCCGGCUGCUUCGGUUCACGGAUCCGACGACGAAGACGAAGACGAAGUUGACGAUGAGAAAGAGGUGCGUAAGAAGAAGGCUUCUCUUCGCCGUGCAAUGUGAAAGUUAUUUUCGUUUGCAGCUAGAGGAGCUACGUCAAACUGGCAGAUAAAAAUCCGAAGCUAUCG